AUGAAUAACUUAAAUGACCCCCCAAAUUGGAAUAUCCGGCCCAAUUCCAGGGCUGAUGGAGGUGAUGGAAGCAGAUGGAAUUAUGCCCUGUUGGUUCCGAUGCUGGGACUAGCUGCUUUUCGCUGGAUUUGGUCUCGGGAGUCGAGAAAAGAAAUAGAAAAGGAGAGAGAAGCAUACCGUCAGAGGACGGCUGCCUUCCAGCAGGACCUUGAAGCCAGGUACCAUGCCACAAUCGCAGAAAGCCGGCGGGCCGUGGCACACUUGUCCCUGGAACUUGAAAAGGAGCAGAACAGAACAACUAGUUACCGAGAAGCCCUCAUCUCUCAGGGGCGCAAGUUGGUGGAAGAGAAGAAACUUCUGGAACAGGAGCGGGCUCAGGUCCUGCAGGAGAGGAGGCAGCCCUUGCGCAGUGCGUACCUGCGCUGCCUGGGCCAGGAGGAGGACUGGCAGCGCAGGGCCAGGCUCCUGCUGAGCGAGUUCGAGGCCGCACUCACCGAGAGACAGAGCAUCUACUGCAGCCUGGUGCUCCCGCGUCGCAGGCGACUUGAGCUCGAGAAGAGCUUGCUGGUCCGCGCGUCCACUGACCCGGUGGCCGCAGACCUCGAGAUGGCAGCUGGCCUCACUGACAUAUUUAAGCACGAUACGCACUGUGGUGACGUCUGGAACACCAACAAGCGCCAAAACGGGAGGCUCAUGUGGCUGUAUCUCAGAUACUGGGAACUAAUCGUUGAACUGAAAAAGUUUAAGCAGGUAGAGAAAGCCAUACUGGAAAAGUAA